AUGCUUGAAGGAAUUAAAAGAACACCUAGUUUUAGCAGAGUUCUCUCGAAUUCUUCUAAUACCCAAAUUUCUAAACCACCAACAGACAUUUCCUCCCCUGAAAUGGCCAUUGAAGCUUUAAGAGAUUAUACCGCAGUUAAUAUCGGGGAAAUUUCCUUUAGUAAAGGGGAUUUCUUCUACGUAGCUGGCGAAGAAGGCAUAUACUACUACGCAACAAACCCACUAACUGGUACAGAAGGUAAUGUCAAGAAAAGAUAUUUCAAAACUUUUAACAAGAGUAGACCUGUUUUAUCACCAAGACAAACCAAUUCAUCAAAUACUAACUCGACUGCAACAUCACCUUCAUCAAGGUCAUUAAGUAGAAAAUCUUCCUCUUCGAAUAGAGUCCCACCAGUCUUUCCAGAUAAAAUAGAGAUGACAGAUAUUGAAAAUUUAUUGCCGGAUUCUAAAGAAAUUAGUGGAGAUAAGAAGAAAAAAAUUUUUAAAUCUUUAUAUGCAUUAUGCUUGUACGAUUUUGAAGCUGCUAAAGAGGAUGAGUUGACAGUGUAUGCAGGCGAGACUUUAUUCAUUUAUGCUCAUUAUGAAGAAGAAUGGUUUAUUGGAAGACCAUUGGGUAGAAUAGGAGGUCCUGGCUUAGUCCCUAUUAGUUUUGUCAACAUCAUAGAUAUAUCUACUGGUUAUAUCUCAGAAAACCCUGUGGCGAAAGACAUUCAGGAUGCAAAUUUGUUAACAAUAGAGGAUUGGAGGAAAAGUAUUUAUGAAUAUGAAAGAGAAGAUAUGAUAUUACAAGCGAAAUUAAAAUUAUUACCACGAGAACCGUCAAUUUUACAUGAAAAUUAUGCAAUUGAUGAAUCAGAGAUUAUAACUAAUGCAGGUAUCAAAGAUGUUAUUUUCGAAAAUAAUAAAUAUUGGUUCAUAAUUUAUUGUGAAUUACUAAACGGGAUGAGAAGAGAUUUAAAAAGACACUACAAUGAAUUUUACAAUUUCCAAGUACAGUUAUUAAACGCUUUUCCCGCAGAAGCGGGUAAUUGUAAAGAUGCUAAUACAGGUGUCGUAACAAGACGUAUUAUUCCGUAUAUCCCAACUACAUCACAUCGCGUCACAGAAAAUUUAACAAUGAGAAGGAAAAAAACUUUAAAUAUUUAUUUGAAAGAUAUUAUAAUGUUACCAGACUAUAUUUCUAGGUCCAAAUAUGUGAAAGAAUUGUUCGAAUUAAGAUAUGAUUCUAAUGGGUUCGAUGUAGAAUAUGAAAUAGAUAUCAAUGAUAAAGAUCCUUAUCUGCUAAACAUUACUCCAAGACAAGCAACAAUCAGUGCCCUGGAUUCUAAUGAAUUGAAUAAUACAGACUCGGCAGCUUCUUCCAAUUUAAGAUCUCCAAUCGAAAAUUCGAACUUAAGAACCCCUAUUGAAAAUAUUAAUUUUGAUUCUCCCAAUAAUUUAUUUUCUUCAAAAAAUGGAUAUAAUCAAAGUCCAACUCCGAAGUCAUUAUCUACUAAUGAUAGGUCAGCACCAAGAAAUUUGAAAAGAUCUACAUCAAUUAAUUCUUCCUUUGACACAAACACUACGAAGAUUAAAAUAUAUUACAAUUAUGAUAUAUUUGCUGUAAAAUUAGAUAAUAAUAAUUGUACUUUAAGUAGCCUACGUGAAAAAGUUCAAUUACGUUUACCAGGCAAAGAUUUCAUUUUUAGAGUAAAAUUGGCAGAUGGUGAUGCUGAAGAAAUUGUUAAUGAUACUCAAUUAUAUAAUGUUAUCGAUUCAAAUUUAAAAAUUUCUCUUCAUGAAAAACGUCAUUAA